UUAUCAAAUUAAAAGAGUACAAAUUAUCAACUCAGGCAUCUUUCGAGCCGUACACACUGGUUGAGUUUUAAAUCGAGUCACUUUUUGACAAGUCCGAGGUAUAUUCUCUCAUAGACUGCGCUAAUCGAAAGGGCUGGGGAAGAAAUUUCAUCAAUGAAGUAAAAUAAUCACAAUAAUCCCUUGUUACUGUUGUUCUUCUAAUCUCUGGUCAUCCAUGAUUAAUUAACAGCUUUCUAGAGAGAGAAGAAGAGAGCAAUUUGAUAAGGAGGAAAUGGAGGUUAAACAAGAAUCUGGGUCUCCAAAGAAGAAGCCUCGCCCGCUUGUGCGCAUUGCGCUUCUUCUCAUGUCUCAUCGUGUUCUUGUCAGUUUGAUCUGCUGUAUUGCUGGAGUUAUUGCACUUUUACUCUUGCCUGUUCUUGCCAAAAAUACUUACAUAUCAGAAAAUGCACUCAUGCCAGGUUCGGCAAACCCCAUGCUCUCUUCUCAGGAAGUACUAGAUGCUGACAAGCUUGUAACAGAGAUAAUGAGAUUGAGCUUGGAAGGUGAUACUGCAGGCAUUGAAAUCCCAAGGCUACUAAAGAAGCGUGUGGAAGACUUGGGUGCAGAAGUUAGUCAGUUCCAGUUCUAUCCUCAGACAAAUAAAUUUCAUCCUCUUCAUUUCUUUUCUAGUCAUGACAGUGACCUGGAUCAAGAUAACACUACCUGUGUCAGUCCAGCUGUUAGUACUGUUGGUAUAGUUAGGGCUCCACAUGGUGACGGAAAGGAAGCUAUUAUCAUGGUGACUCCUUAUAAUGCUGUGAAGACUGAUGCUGGUGAAGCUUUAUCAUUAGGUGUAGCAUACUCUGUUUUUUCUUUGCUAACGCAAGUUACCUGGCUGGCAAAGGACAUUAUUUGGCUUGCUGCAGAUUCUCGGUAUGGUGAACAUGAAUCAGUUUCUUCCUGGUUGAGGGAAUAUUAUGCCCCAACAUUUUACCGCUCAGAAAAAUCACGCACUAAUAUGUGCUCUGCAAGCAAUCCUGAUUGGGAAAAUGCGGAUAAUCAGGUUGUUGGUGCAGAACCGCGUGAGGGCUUUAGACGUGCUGGUACCAUGGCUGCUGCUCUAGUGAUCAAAGUUAAUGGAAACAAAGAUGCUGAAGAUAGUCUUAGUAUCUAUGCUGAGGCUUCCAAUGGCCAAAUGCCAAAUCUUGAUCUUAUAAAUGUUGUGAAUUAUUUGGCAGUACAUCGUCAGGGUCUGUAUGUAAUGGUGGGGAAACAUUGGUCCUUAUUGGAGUCAAAAUGUCUGAAGAUGAUUGGUGGAACAAUUGAGUCUCUAGGAAACCUGGCUAGAAGCUUAAAUCCCCAAUGGGGCUUUGGUAUUCCUGUUAACGAGUACGUUGAAGGUGCCGCUACCCUUACUAGUUCAUUAUAUGCUCAGGCGUUAGGUGUUCCAACCGGUUCCCAUGGUGCAUUCCGUGAUUAUCAAAUUGAUGCUGUCACAUUGGCGAUUGCUCCCAAAGCCUCACCAUAUAACAAGGGAAAGCGAAGUGACUUUCUAUUACGGAGUGGCCGGCUGAUCGAAGGCACAAUUAGAUCAGUAAACAACCUACUUGAAAAAUUUCACCAGUCCUUUUUUCUCUACCUUCUAACUGGGCCCAGCAAGUUUGUUUCAGUAGGAGUUUACAUGAUUGCUUUUGCACUCCUUCUUGCACCCUUACCGGUUGUUGCUGCUUCUCUAUAUUCUGAUGCUGUCACAUGUCAUCCUAAGUCUGACAUGGUAAAAUCUUCUGCAAGCGGUAGCUCAUCUGAUAUGAUGAAAAAAUCUGGUACUUCAUGGAGGUGGCUUCACGCAGCAAAAUCUGUGUUUGUUAUACAUAUAUGGGCAGCUGUUGUAGCAUUACUUCCCUAUGUAGUUUGUCAAAUACCCAACAGGACAUCAACUACAUGCAGUAUUUCCUGGAUUUUGCUGUCAUUAGCUAGCCUUCAAAUCUUUUACAUGGUCUUCGGCUCACCUUACUCCAGCUUCAAGCUAUCAGACCUGCAUAAACAAGAAUGGGCUGUCUUGAAAUCUGUGAUGAUCUCAGCAGCUUUCAUCGGUUUGUCUCUCAUGUCUGUAGUGAACUUUGCAGCUGCAGAAAUCGGGGCAUUAUUGUUGGUGCCAUUCUGUUUGAUGGCUCAGCCCUUAAAACUAGACAUGCAAAACCUGAGCCUGAAAGCUUUCUCCAGAAUUGCUUGCAAUAUAGUCUUAGGGUUGUCCUUGUUUCCACCAUUUACUUUCUUUGUGAUAAAAGGCUUGUCUGAAGGAUUCAGUAGUAUCAACAUCGGUGAUUUUUGGACCUGGGCUGAGUCACUUUGGCUAUGGAAUAGCGCAACUUAUCUAUAUGUGUUGUUGGUGCACCUUCCUUGCUGGGUGUUGUGUAUCCAUCUCUUAUUACAUCCUUGUUAAAUUUCCUUGAAAACUUUUCCACUAACUUGCUGACUUGUUAUUUAGAGCCAAAAUUUGCCCUAGAUUUAGCCCUUUUUUGCUAUCAAAUUUGCAUCAACUCACAUCAAGGCUGUAAUUUUAAGAUUUUGCUAACUAGGUGUUGUACCAUCUUUAUUUGCAACGGGGCGAAAUUGUAAUGUUGAGUUUGAUUUCAAUUAAUAUAUAUGUAUUUUA